CCAUAUCCUGCAUAGUUUAAAUCUCCUCCUUUUUCUCUUGCUCUCUCUUACUCCAAGCCCAUAGAAAAACACUAUGGUGGUGGCCACUCCAACCCCAAUUAGAAGUGAAAAGAUCAGAGAAGUUGAGCUUCCAAUCAUAGACCUCUCAGCAGAGAGAUCAGAGGUGUCAAAGCUCAUUGUAAAAGCUUGUGAAGAGCUUGGUUUUUUCAAGGUCAUCAACCAUGGUGUCCCUGAGGAUGUUAUUGCAAGGAUGGAAGAAGAAAGCUUCCUGUUCUUCUCCAAAUCAGGCUCCGAAAAACAACGGGCCGGGCCAGCUAAUCCCUAUGGUUACGGAAGUAAGAACAUAGGCUUCAAUGGUGAUACCGGAGAGGUUGAAUAUCUUAUUCUCAACACCAACUUUCUCUCCAUUUCUCAAAGAUCCAAAGCUAUCUCCAAUGACCCAAUUAAAUUCAGUUGUGCAGUGAGGGAUUACGUGGAAGCGGUUAGAAUUGUGGCAUGUGAGAUAUUGGAGCUGAUGGCAGAGGGAUUGUGGGUCCCAGACACAUCAGUGUUUAGUAAGCUAAUCAGGGACGUUGAUGAGGACGACUCGCUUUUCAGGCUCAAUCACUAUCCUCCUCUCCUCCUCACGGACAGCUUUCAAGAUAGUGACACGUCACCCUCCUCAUUUCAUCAUCACCUUCAUAAUCAUAAGAUUGGAUUUGGAGAACAUUCUGACCCUCAGAUCUUGACCAUCUUAAGAUCCAACGAUGUCAGUGGGCUCCAAAUCUCUCCACAACAAGGUCUGUGGUUCCCAGUUUCUCCUUACCCCACUACUGCCUUCUGUGUUAAUGUGGGUGAUUUGUUGCAGGCCAUGACAAAUGGGAGGUUUGUGAGUGUGAAACAUAGAGCCCUAGCCAGCUCGUACAAGUCAAGAAUGUCAAUGGCCUAUUUUGGUGCACCAAAACUCCAUGCAAGGAUCACCACGCCGCCAGAGUUGGUCACCCAGUUCAGACCAUGUCUCUAUAGACCCUUCACAUGGGCCGAGUACAAGGAGACUACAUAUUCUCUCCGGCUCAGCGAUAGUCGUCUCAACCUUUUCAAAGUGCAAGAGGGUGAUGAAAUUGUCUGAUAAAAUGAGAAUAUGUAGCACCAAAUUAGUUUGAAAGUGGCCAAAGAACAUCUGUCUCCAAAAUUCUCGUCUUUUUUAUUCUAUUCAAUGCACCUACAAUUGCACAAUAAGAUGAGAAUUUUAAAAUGUAAGAAUAUUAUAGCACGAUUUUGCAGUUAAGAACGUGUUGAGAUAGAGAGAGGAAUUUUAUUAAGUACCUAUGAUCACGUGCCCUUAAAAGAUAAAUAUUAGGGUUGUUUUUGUCACCCCAAGAGGGGAAUUUUGCUAUUUGAAGAAAUUAAAGUUCCAUGG